AUGGCAACAACUCAACCGACAUACGAUUAUUCAGCUUAUGAUUAUUCAUAUGAUACAAGUUCAUCAUCAGCUUAUUCAUCUUAUCCAGGUUAUGAAACAAGUGCAUCUUAUGCACCACCUGGAACAUAUGAUAGUUAUGCAGCAUCUGCAACUUAUCCUACAAGUGCUGCUUCGACUAGUUCACCUUAUACAAGUGUAGAUCCAUAUUCUGGUUAUUCAGCAGCGGCUUAUGGUUAUCCAACAACAGCUACUAGUGCCGGUGCUCCACCAGCAACUGCAAAUCAACCAUCAUAUCCACCAUCUUAUAGUUCAUCGCCAACAGCAACUGGCUAUACAUAUGAUUCAAGACGUAUGACACCACCACCACCAGCAUCAGCAACUGCUCAUUAUGCACCUUAUGAUUAUACAUCAAGUGCUGCUGCUGCAUAUGUUGGUGGACCUCCAACAAGUGCUGCUUAUUCUCCAUAUAAAUCCGUAUCUGCAACAAAUGGUUCGUCAUCGACAAGUGCCUAUUCGACAUAUCCUAGUUCAGCUCCACCACCACAUGGAACAUAUGGUGUUCCGCCUGGUAGUCAUCUUUCAGGAGCAAUAGGUGCACAUCCACCUCCAUCUCAUGUCUAUGGUCCACCUCCGCCAACAGCUGGUAUGAUGCCACGUCGACCAGAUUAUUAUCCACCACCUCAAAUGCCUCAUUCAAUGCAUUAUGUUUCACAUCAAGCACAGCCAAUGCAUUAUCGUUUGCCACCUCGAGGGGGCUAUCAACGUGAACUUGAUGAACCUGGUGAUGAAAAUGCACUUCUUCGACAUGUUGUCUAUAUAACUGGUUUACCAAAAGAAAUUCAAAAUGAAACAUUAGCUGAAGUAUUUAGUGCUGCAUGUGGACCUAUUGCACCGGUCGAUGUACGUUCACCAAAACCAAAAAUUUGGGUUUAUAAAGAUCGACAAACACGUGAAGGUAAAGGUGAAGCUACAAUUACAUUUAUCAAUCCUGAAUCAUGUCAAACGGCUAUUAAUUAUUUUAAUGGAAAAGAAUUGUUUGGUCGUGAAAUUCGUGUUACAUUAUGUCCAAGACGUAUGUACAAUAUGCAAAAACAAAAUACACCAUUCAAUCCGGCAGCUCCGCCAAUGAAUACAACUACAAUGAUUAAACCAAUUAAUACAAAUAAUAACGGUAAUACAACAACAACAACAACAACAACAACAACAACAACUGAUAGUGCAACAACAACGACAACAGCAACGACUUCUACAGCUGCAAGUACAACAUCAACAACAACGUCUACAACAGCGCCUGUAACAACAGCUAAUCCAAUAGCAACAAUAUCUUCAUCAACACAUGGAUUAUCUCGUCAAUUAAAUCAUUCAUUAUUUAAAUUCCGACAAACACCAGAACAACAACGUGGUCUUUUACCUACUCCACCUAUUUCUUUUGGAGCACCUAUCAUUGGUAGUGCAGUUCAACGGGAUGGUGUUCGAAAAGAAUUACCUCGUAUUGCUUUAAAUAGAGGUAAUUAUAUUAAUCCAACUGGUGUUCGUCCUAAACCUUAUUAA